AAUAUGAAUAUAAAAAUCAGUUUAUCCUCGUCGCUCUACCCGUGAAGACGAGAAAAAGCUUUAACAUUGAAAAUAAUAAGAAUUAUAAGAAUCAUGAAUACGAAAAUUGCAAUUGUUUGUGCGUUUAUCGUAAUAGCAUCAGUCGUAGAAGCCAGACCAUCCCUUGAAACAAGUCAACAAUCUCACCACAAAUCGGACCAAAAUGACCAAGUGCAAAAUCAACAGCUUCCUAGAAUAAAGCGAGGCUCCUACUUUACUUUUGAAGAAUCUAGUAGCAGUCAUCAAUCGUCUUCAUCGAGUUACUACAGGAAAAUAUCAAGUUCAGGACCAAUAGCAAAAACUUUCGUGUUGGCUGGAAAUGGACGAUUCAAUUCAAACAACUUCCACUUCAAGAAAUAAAAUAAUUUAUCUAAAUUUGAAUGAGGUCGAAAGCUUUGAAAACUGUCGUCGGAAUUGAUUCAAAACUAUAGAUAUAUCACGCACGCUCCAUGAUGAUAUAGAGCGUUUUUUAGUUUGUAAUUUAGCGCUACUUGUGCUAUUUGUAUUUAAUAUAAAUUAAGUACGUUUUUUUUUAAUUUUAAGAAAGAAAUCUUAGUCAAAUUUUCUACUCUUGAAGUGUUAUAUCUUUAAUGUACUGAUAAUCUUUAAAAACGCAUUUUGUUAUUAUAAAUAAUUUAUAUUAUAAGAGCCUGAUUUAUUGAUUUUAAAAUAAAAAAUAAGAUUUAAAUAUAAA